CGGAGCGUCAGCGCUUAAGCAAGCUGCACACUGAGCCACGCUCACUCCAUCUGCUUCUUCUCCUUCUCCACAGUAAUAAUAAGCCGCAAACAUUAUUGCGAAUCGUUUCAUUAGCGUUUUCAAUCACUCUUUGUCAGCUUUGCGGUAUUUGUAUUAACUUUUUAGGAAGCUGGGACAAUUCAAAGCAGCGAUCAAGAACGCAUGGAUACCAGCGUGGUGCAUAUCCACCGAGGAGGAGAGCCCGAGGGCAUGUGUCCCUGGGACGGGGAGGGAGAGGCGGCGGCUGGGGGUUGCACCUGGGCGACUUCCGCCGCCUCCUCCUCGUCCUUGGACGCUUUGAACGGGUCGUGGGAGGGGGAAGCCGACGACGCCGAGCCUAUGUCGCCCAUUCACCCGGUCAUCGUGGCCGUGUACUCGCUAGUGUUCGUGGUGGGCCUGGUGGGCAACUGCCUGGUCAUGUACGUCAUCAUCAGGUACACAAAGAUGAAGACAGCCACCAACAUCUACAUCCUGAACCUAGCGGUGGCGGACGCACUGGUGACCACCACCAUACCCUUCCAGAGCACCGAUUUCCUGCUCAGCUCGUGGCCUUUUGGUGAGGUGGCGUGCAAGGUGUUCAUCUCUAUUGACUACUACAACAUGUUCACCAGCAUCUUCACGCUCACCAUGAUGAGCGUGGACCGUUACGUGGCCGUGUGCCACCCUGUCAAGGCCCUCGACUUCCGCACACCUGUCAAAGCCAAAGUCAUCAACGUGCUCAUCUGGGUGCUGUCGUCCACCGCCGGCAUGCCUGCUAUGAUUCUGGGUGGCACCAAGACCAACAAUGGGACAACAGAAUGCGCUCUCCAGUUCCCCGAGCCGUACAGUUACUGGGACACGCUGAUGAAGAUCUGCGUGUUCAUCUUUGCCUUUGUGGUGCCCGUCAUCAUCAUCAGUGUGUGCUACACGCUGAUGAUCCUGCGCCUCAAGAGCGUCCGCCUGUUGUCCGGCUCACGCGAGAAGGACCGCAACUUGCGGCGUAUCGCCCGCCUGGUUCUGGUGGUGGUGGCUGUCUUUGUGGUGUGCUGGACCCCCAUCCACAUUUUCAUCCUAGUCAAGGCCCUGUCGCCCCACGUGCCCGAGACCACGCCCGUCAUGGCCGCCUACUUCUUCUGCGUGGCGCUGGGCUACACCAACAGCAGUCUCAACCCCAUCCUCUACGCAUUCCUGGACGAGAACUUCAAGAGAUGCUUCAGAGACUUUUGCUGCCCCGGCUCCCGGAGGGAUUGCCAGGGGGUGAGCCGGGUCAGGAGCACCCUGAGGGACCACUCAUGUCCCCCGGACAACCGCGGCGACCCCAGGCAGGCCAGGCCCGUAUGACUAGCCGUGGACAGGUCCUCUGUGCUGGGACUCGAGGACUCCAACGAACUGUGCUUGACGCAAGUCACCACCGCUGUCUGAACCUCAUCCUGGGGGUCCACAACCUGUGAAAGGCACAUUGUGGUCUGCUUGUGAUGACACCAUGAUCAUCAUGUCACCAUGGUGGUCCACAACCGGUGAUGUUACCAGUGGUCCACUUGUGAAGUCACCUCGGUGGCGGCAUGGUCACGGUGGAUCACCAAUUGUGAUGUCACCGCAGCGGUCCACCUCUGAUGACAUGACACACUAAUGAUCACCUAUGGUGAUCGGGAACUUGUGAUGUCACUAAGAUGGUCCACUUGUCAUUCCACCAUGGUGGUCCGCAACUUCAAUCUCACCUUGGUCACCAUAGUGAUGAUGUCACCGCAGUGUUCAACUUGUAAUGUCAUCCGGCAGUCUGUUUGUGAUGACUCCAUAGGGUGGUCAGCCACUUGUAGUAUCAACCAUGGUGGUCCGCUAAUUGUGACAUCGUCAUACCGGAGAUGUGCCUGGCGGUUUGCAGCUCAUGAUGUCACCCGUGUUAAUCCGCUUGUGAUGUCAUUAUCGUGGUCUGCAAUGAUGGUUCACAAGCUGUGAUAUCAACCAUGGUGGUCUACCAAUUGUGAUGUCACCACGGUGGCUUGGUUGUAACAUAGACGAAUAUCCUGCUGUGGUGUUUUGACCACCGUUGAUUUAACACCUCAGUUAAUCACUUGUGUCUCCCCAUUUCACCUUAGGAAAAAUAACAUGGUGGCUGUAAUUAGCUUCACUUUGAUCCUUCGCAGAACCGUGCGUCCCGGUUGAUUUCUUUCCUGCAAUACACAGCACCUGCAAAGCAGACGUGGCUGAAAAAAAUGACAUUUAUGCUAGAUUGUGGUAUCAGUAUUAUUUUUGUGUGUAAAUAUAAAG